CUUAUUUGAAAUUUUAUGCUAAAUCAUCAGUUUGCAAAAAAUGCGGCGCAGCCGAACUCGCAGUCGUAGCGGAUCCCUGGACAGCUUAGGACGUCGCCGACGUCGCGACACGUCGUCCUACAGCAGUCGUCACCGCCGCUCCGUUUCUUCUUCCCGUUCUCGCUCCCCUUCUCCUUCUUAUGGGCGUCGCAGGAGCCGCCGGAGUCGCAGUAGAAGUCGUGGACGCAAUCGGAGCCGCCGUCGUCGAUCCUACAGCCGCAGCAGGUCCAAGAGCCGAUCGCCAGGGCGUCGUCGUCGCUCUACCUCCCGCUCAAAGUCGCGUAGGACGAAGGCUGGAGCGAAGGAGGAGCCCAAGCCACAGGGCGAACUGCAGCAAGAGGAGACCAACACUCUGUCGCACUUAAGUGAAGAGGAGCAAAUGAAGUUGCUGCUCGGUAUUGGAGGCUUCGACUCGACGAAGGGGAAGACGGUAGAUGAGAAUUUGAAGAGCGCAGCCGUGGGUACAGUGCGACGCGAGACGAAGAGAGAAUACAGGCAGUACAUGAACCGCAGAGGAGGAUUCAACCGCCCUCUAGACAAAUCGUAGGGUCCUCAUAUUCUCAACAUUAGAGCAAUUUUUCAUCGAAAUAAAGCAUUACUUGAUGUUUUAUUGUGAAAAA